AUGAGCGACUCACCAAAUGGCAUGCGGGAACGUGAUGCGCGACCUGCGGCCCUUAAUCUUUCCGAAGACUCGAAGAAAUUUAGUUUGGUGUCUCUGACGGUCCAAACGCCAACGUCGCAGCAAGCUCCGGGAACCAUAACGCGCACUCCGCCUCCGGCAAGAUGGAAUACCCCCGAAUUUAUUAUAUACGGAGUUUUAUUCGUGAUUGUCUUCCCUAUGAUGGUAUACUCGCCUAUGCAGCUGAGCUUGGAAUCCCAUCCAAACUAUCAUUUGUUCAAGCACAAACUAUCCAAGGGAUGGAUUCCUGGCCGACUCGUCGACAAUUCUGAUUCACAAUACCGCUCAAUACGGGGCAACCUCCUCAAUUUGACAUUAUUGGCGUUAGCGCAUCUUGGUCUUUCCCGACUAUAUGGAUUGCUCGCGUCCAGCUUUGGUUCACGCGCGACAGGCAAGAAGAGCGACAAUCUGCAUCGUAUACCGUUCAUGGCCAUGUUCGCUGUUGCGUUGGUUAUUGGACUCCAUGGAGCCAGCUCCCUAAAGGUGUUUGCCAUUAUCGGUGGCAACUAUUUCUUGGCGAAACAGCUCGGAGGGUCACGAAUUGCACCGCUUAUUCUGUGGACAGUGAACAUUAUGGUGCUUUUGUGCAACGAAAUCUACGAUGGCUAUUCAUUCUCUAGUGUCCACUCGAGCCUGGGAUUUCUGGAUGGAUAUCGUGGUUUCUAUCCACGGUGGCAUAUUUCCUUUAAUAUCACCAUGCUCCGCUUACUCUCCUUUGCAAUGGACUAUCAUUGGGCGAAAACAAAUUCAACCUCUCACUCCCCAGUUCCUCUCAACAUACGCCAGCGGACUUCGACUUCGCACCAUCUUGCCAACUACAAUUUUGUCAACUACGUCGCGUAUACAUUGUACCCUCCGCUCUACAUUGCCGGUCCAAUUAUGACGUUUAACGACUUUUAUUGGCAGGCAAGCUUUUUGUAA